AUGAGUAGCUCUGCAGACCAGGGCCGCCAGGCGGUCAUUCAAGACGUUCGCGGGUCUCAGUCAAACGGGGAUCCCUCCGCCCUGGCCUACAUGGCCCCGGAAUCGGAUUCCAACUAUACUCGCGAGCAUUCGCCUGUCUCGCCCAGAAACGGGCUACUUCCAUCUUCUUCCUCUAGCAGUGCCAACCCCCCAGAACGUGCCUACCUCCCGCACAGAGCCUCUACCUUCAGUUUCCCUCACAACGUGGAUCAGAGGAAACAGAGGAGCGAUGACCACCCUCACGCUCGCAGCGAGGACUUCAACCACUCGACAUCACAAUCAUAUGGCGAUAGCUCCUCAUCCGACCAGGCUCUUGCUCGUCCUCAGCCUUUCCUGACCGCCAGUCGGCCCUCCACUCCCGGCAGCUCAAGCCAGCAUACUUCUGACUACACUGGCAGCUCCAAGACACCACCUGGGAGCGUCCAUUCUGACUCGUCUCUGUACACUGACAACGCCGCACUAUCUGGGAACGCCCAGACAGCGUCCUCCUCGACCCACACGAGCACGAGUAUAGCGUCUACGCCAUGCGCUGCGUGCGGUAAGGCGAUGCAGGGCGCAUUCGUCCGGGCGUUGGGGACAGUCUACCAUUUGCAAUGCUUCAAGUGCAUGGAUUGCGGUACUGUGGUGGCGUCCAAGUUCUUCCCGAUCGAUGGGCCCGACGGCAAGCAGCAUCCGCUUUGCGAGCGAGACUACUUCCGGCGCUUGAAUCUGAUUUGUGCCAAGUGUGGAAUGGCAUUACGAGGCAGUUAUAUAACAGCGUGCAGAUGUAACAGUGCUAUUCUGAAGCAGUUUGUGGAGAUAAACCGGAACAUGAGGGACGAGUGUUGGCAUCCCGAAUGCUACAUGAUCAACAAGGGCCAAUGCACAUAUAUUGACGGUGAUCUCUGGCAGUUCUGGAAUGUCAAAGUGGUAGCACGACGACCUGCUUUACCUUCAAAUUCUGAGGAGUUCGAAGGAGAGCCCCAAGAGCCUCCUUGGACCGAAGAAGAACGAAGAGAAACGGCGAUCUCGCUCAAGGAGAAACAGAUUCGCAUGGAACAACAGGUCUAUCGAAUUUGGACCGUGCUAUCGGCAUUCGAGGAAUCCAGUGCCGCAUGCAUCUCAGACAUGCUACGGCAGGUCAGCAACGGCCAGUACCUGGAGGCAAUACGUAUGGCGGAGAAGUUCAUACUUCAUGUCGAAGUCCUCUUUGCGACGAUCGAUGAUCUGGAGUGGCACUUUGCGCGUCUAAAGCUGAAAGGCAUGUCCCACGUUCGCGAGGCUCGCAUGCUCUGCCGGAAGACAGUCGAUCUGUUCACAUUGCUGUCACAUACGCAAGAGACAGGAGCGCGUCGCAUGGGCAUGACGCAAGAACUUUUGGCACUGGUCACUGGCCUGGCUCACUACCUCAAGAUCCUUAUUCGUAUAGCGCUUACCGGAGCCCUGAAGCUCGAGCGAGAGCACAAUGUCCAGGAAGCUAUCACGUCGUUCCUGGACAAGCUCCAUAUGCUCGCAAUCCAAGGCGGGAAUCCCAGCGCAAAGCGCAUGAUGAAGCGGGCUAAUGGGGAAGUCCUCGCUCUCGUGGAUAAUGGUAAUACUGGCACGCAGGGUGUGACUUAUGGCUUCAAGAGCUUGGCACCUGAGAACGCAGGCGAGUCGCCGUUUAUGGGCGCGCCUCGGGAUCCCGCACUCGCCAAGGUCAAUGUUGUGAAUCCGCCAUCUGACCUGUGUGCCAAGUGCAAUCAGACCGUCGAGGAGGACUGUGUUCGCCUGGGCACGUACCAACGCUGGCAUUCGCAUUGUCUACAGUGUGAUACGUGCGGAAAGGUGGCGGCUGUACCUGCGCAGAAGGAGGCAGUGCAAGCCAGGAACCCGGAGGACAAGGAGAAAGAGAAGGAAGAGAAGACACCCAAGCUGUCGACUGCCCGGCGGCCACCGGCCAACGUUGGCUAUUUUGUAUACGAUGCAGAUACCAUGAAGGACACUACCACGUUCGGCCCUGUUCCGACGAAGGUAUACUGCGUCGAACAUGGGCAUGGUGGUUGCAAGGGCGGGUUCAUGGCGGUCGCACGUCUGGAGCAAUAUGCUUUCUUGCUGAAUGUUGCGCUCAGACGGCUGUAUGUCGUUUUGAAAAAGCGGGGUGUCGUGCACCAAGGCCAGGUCAUCCGCCCACCCUUUGCCCGUAACAACACAGGGGUCAUGAUUGUGGAUGAUUCUGCUCCGACAUCCCCUACAGCUGCUGCUGUAGAUGAGCCGACCAUGCCAGCCAUCGAGGACGGUAUUACUCUCGCUGACAUCCCUCAGAUUGUCGAGGCCGCUCAGGCGCGGGAGCAACAUCGGUCACUACCGCGUCAGAGUUCAAUACCGUUCAUUGCCGAGCUCAGCACGCUGGAGCUUGCGAUUGUCAGGCACUGCGCGGUUGUGGUUCUUAGUCAUUCUCCUCUACAAAGCCAGUUCGACCUUGACGAGAUCCUCGAGUUGGUAGAGAACAAGAAGAACUCUUUUUGGAAGCAGCUCUUCAAGCCUGGGAACGACAAAAAGAACGUGAAGAAGAAGGGCGUGUUCGGCGUACCGUUGGAGCUGCUCGUCGAACGAGAGGGUGCAGACUCAUUGCUGGGAGCAUCACGAACAGCAGUGAAAAUCCCCAGCUUUGUCGACGAUGUUGUGUCUGCAAUGCGCCAAAUGGACCUCUCUGUUGAGGGAAUCUUCCGGCGUAAUGGCAAUAUUCGACGUCUAAAGGAGCUGACGGAAGCCAUCGAUCGAGAUCCAUCCUCUGUCGAUCUGACCCAAGACAACCCAGUACAGCUAGCGGCACUCUUAAAGAAGUUCUUCCGAGAGCUACCAGACCCUCUUUUGACUUAUAAGCUCCAUCGUUUGUUCAUCGCAUCCCAAUCGCUUCCAACGGAACAGGAGCGAAUGCGAAUGCUUCAUAUGGUUUCGUUGAUCUUGCCAAAGGCACAUCGAGAGACUUUGGAGGUCUUAUCUGUAUUCCUGAAAUGGGUGGCUUCGUUUGCGCACCUGGACACGGAGACAGGGAGCAAAAUGGACUUGCAAAACCUGGCGACGGUGAUUUGUCCAAGUAUCCUGUACUCUCGUGGGCGGGAUGCAGUUCGGGACGAAAGCUUCGGAGCAAUCCGGGUCGUCACAGCCUUGCUAGAGAAUCAGGACGAACUCUACUGCGUGCCACAGGAGUUCCUGUCGAUCUUGCAGGACCAGGACUAUUUCGUCAACAGCCUGGACCUGCCAAGCAAGGAAUUCCUGAAGAAGUGUGAAACAUACAUGCGCCUGAAGGCCAGUGGGCGCACCCCUUUGUUAACAUCGCCUGUGUCUGGAUCAGCGCCCUUCAACCCUAGCACGCCACGUCCGGAAGAUAUGAGGGCGCAGCCCCCAAGAUCGCAGACGCAGCCGACUGGUGGCCAAUAUGGCGACCGACCUGCGAUGGCGAACGGGGUCUCCUCUGAUAGCCUCAUCCGGAAUGGCCAGCAACAGCCCCGGCAGCAGAUGUCUGCGCCUCCUCUGCAGCACUCACCCUUCUCGUAUCCCCCACCCUCGUCCGGAAUGUCGGCGAUCCAUGCGCCGCAGCCCCGCGCGCCGAACGUGCAGUCCACGAGCGACGACUGGACACCCCCUGAGCGCCAGCCGUAUAUCGGCCAGGUGCCCAGCCGCCCAUCCUCCAUGUCGAAUUCAUAUGUGCCCUCACGGAGUAGUGGUGAAGGGUCGAAUCCUUUUGCGCCGCCGAACGGCCACUCACAGCAGCCUGCGGUGCGGCAGCGAAUAUGA